AUGGGGACCGGCCGGAAAGGGGAUGCCAGCCGGCCCGCCUCUGCAGCCUCCUCCUUCCGGCCCGGAGCCGGAGCCACGCCUCCUCGCUUUCCUUACGCAGGCGCAGCAAAUGUUCACGCUGGUCCCACCCCUCGCCCGCGUUCUGACAGACAUGAAGCACGUUGGAAGAUUUUUGUCCUGUGGAUCUUCUGGGUGUUCAUCUUGUGGCUGGUCAUCUCCUACCUGGAUCUGGCAGCUGAAUCAUCACCCCAGGAGAAACGGGUGUGCCUGAUACCAUGGCACUACUGCUCUUGGAUCAAAUUCGGGAAGUGUGGCUGCCCAUCUGAGUACCUCAACUGCUCCUCCUGCUACCACACAGUCAGAGAAUGGAACUGGUUUGAAGCAUGUCAUGAAAAGACCACAGGGUACCUUACACGGACAAAACUUCUUGGGUGGUUAACUAGUGCACGAUUUAAUGCAUUUCCCUCCUUUCGGCCUCAUCCCUGGUUUCUGGCUUGCAUAAACUCAGUAAGCAAGCUUAGAAAAGUAUGGCAGAUGCUGUCAAAAGUGAUUCCCAGAACCUUGUUGCACCAUUUUGACUUCUGUUGGAUCUGUGCUUUUUUGGGUGCUGAGAAAAGGGCAGUAAGCAGGGGGACCAUCGGCCUGCCCUAGGUUCUGUCAGUUUACAUUUUCUUUCCCAGGAUGAACCAGGCUCCUGUCCAGGACUUUGAGGCCGAUAUGGGGAACCAAAUCACAGGACCCUUCAUCUGUCCCAGGAAUGCCAGUGACCAGGGUUCCUGGAGGCAGUUGCUGUAACUUUCUGAUCUAUUGGGGACUUCAAAUACUGUGAGUGACAAGAUUUCGGAUAGUCGAUUCACUGGUGAAAUCAAAGACAAGGUUCUGAUUAUCAGCAUCUCCUUCCUUAAUACAUCCAGGAACAUUGGCUGGAAAACCCAUGGUCAGUAUCCAUCCUUGGGGUUUGUGGCUCUGGUGUAUGCCUUGCAUACCUGUGAUCAGAAUGAACCAGGUCCCACUUCUGGCUAUGUGAAUGAUGUGGGCAACUAA